CUUGCGGCGGCGCGUUUCGGCGACGGACCGGAAGUGGUCGGCUGGGUUGAAAGCCGCGGUGGGCUGAGGAGAGGAAGAUGGCGGGCUUGUCGGUGCGGGACCCCGCGGUGGAUCGGUCUCUGCGCUCCGUGUUCGUGGGGAACAUCCCUUACGAAGCCACAGAGGAACAGCUAAAAGACAUCUUCUCUGAGGUUGGACCUGUGGUCAGUUUCCGAUUGGUGUAUGAUAGAGAGACGGGCAAACCGAAAGGCUAUGGCUUCUGUGAGUAUCAAGACCAAGAAACCGCACUCAGCGCCAUGCGGAAUCUCAACGGGCGAGAAUUUAGCGGAAGAGCCCUGCGGGUGGACAACGCAGCCAGUGAGAAGAACAAGGAGGAACUGAAGAGCCUGGGCACUGGUGCUCCCAUCAUAGAGUCGCCCUAUGGAGACCCCGUAAACCCAGAAGAUGCUCCUGAGUCCAUCAGCAGAGCGGUGGCCAGCCUGCCUCCUGAACAGAUGUUUGAACUGAUGAAGCAGAUGAAGUUGUGUGUCCAGAACAGCCCUCAGGAGGCACGGAGUAUGCUCUUGCAAAACCCGCAACUCGCCUAUGCAUUGCUGCAGGCCCAAGUGGUGAUGCGUAUUGUUGACCCAGAAAUUGCCCUGAAAAUCCUUCAUCGCCAAACCAGUGUCCCAUCUCUAAUUCCUGGAAAUGCACAGCCAGGGCCAGGACAGGGUCCAGGACCCGGACCAGGAGCUGGUCCCGGGCCAGGACCUGGGCCAGGACCUGGACCAAAUGCUCAGAUGAACCAGCCGAACGUCCCAUCUUCUCAGCCGCAACCAAUUGGCGGGAUGCAUGUCAAUGGUGCCGCUCCCCUGAUGCAGCCCCCCAUGCAAGGAGGAGUACCUGCCCCAGGCCAGAUGCCAGCAUCAGUCCCCGGACCUGGACCUGGGCCCAUGGCUCCAGGAGGGACCAUGCCAGGGAGCGGCCCGAUGAUCUUGGAACGCGGACAAGGGAACCUGCAGCUCUCUCCCGUGGGACCUGCCAGGCCUGCCUCUAUUGAGCGCGUUCAAGUACCUAUGCCGGACCCACGAGCCCCUAUGCACCGGGGGCCAAUGCCAGCUAGCGGGCCGCCACCCCGAGGCCUUCUGGGAGAUGCCCCCAAUGACCCACGGGGAGGCACGUUGCUCUCGGUCACUGGAGACGUGGAGCCCAGAGGUUACCUCGGGCCACCCCACCAGGGGCCGCCAAUGCACCACAUGCCCGCACACGACAGCCGUGGGCUGCCUCCCCAUGAAAUGAGAGGCGGACCAAUGGGAGAGCCACGUCCCCUGAUGGGAGAACCACGAGGGCCCUUGAUGGAUGGCCGAGGUGGAAGAGACCCAAGGGGCAUGGAGCCCAGAGUGAUGGAUGGCCGGGGCAUGGAGCCUAGGGUAAUGGACGGCCGGGGCAUGGAGCCCAGAGGCAUGGAGCCUAGAGGCAUGGAGUCCAGAGGCAUGGAGCCCAGAGUGAUGGAUGGCCGGGGCAUGGAACCCAGAGGCAUGGAGCCCAGAGGAAUGGAGCCCAGAGGCAUGGAGCCCAGAGGCAUGGAUGCAAGGGGCAUGGAGCCCAGAGGAAUGGAAUCCAGAGGCAUGGAUGCAAGAGGCAUAGAACCUCGGGGGAUGGAGCCCCCUAGAGGCAUGGAGCCAAGGGGCAUGGAGCCCCCAAGAGGCAUGGAGCCCCCGAGAGGCAUGGAGCCCCCGAGAGGCAUGGAGCCUCCUAGAGGCAUGGAGCCUCCUAGAGGCAUGGAGCCCCCGAGAGGCAUGGAGCCCCCGAGAGGCAUGGAGCCCCCGAGAGGCAUGGAGCCUAGAGGUCCAGGAAUGGAACCCAGGGGCCCAGGAAUGGAACCUAGGGGCCCUGGUCCAAACCCCAGGGUUCCAAUGACCAGUGCAAUUCAAGGUCCAGGGCCUCUGAAUAUGGGAGCAGCCGGCCCACAAGGCCCUCGACAGGUUCCUAAUAUGCCCGGGACGACAAUGCAGCCGGCUGGAGCCAUGGCAGGUGGAGCGGUACAGCCUGCAGCCCAGCCUGGAGGCUUCAGCCCUGGACAAAAUCAAGUCACACCCCAGGAUCAUGAAAAGGCGGCCCUCAUUAUGCAAGUUCUCCAGCUGACAGCCGACCAGAUCGCCAUGCUGCCUCCAGAACAAAGGCAGAGCAUUCUCAUUCUGAAGGAGCAGAUACAGAAAUCUACUGGCGCCCCAUGAUCCACAUUCCUUGGGCUUAGAAAUCCUUUGAAUGAAAUUCAACCCAGGCUGGAAAUGACACUGAAGGCAGCUCACAGACCCUUCCCUGGUCUGACCCAAAUCAGAAAGGAGAAGGGAGUUUCUUGUUCCCACUCCCUCGUUGUUUCCAUUCUUGUCUCUCAAAUAAAACUAUGUUCUAUAGUUGAACACA